AUGUCGAGCAUCCCAGUAAAGGAGAACGGCGGAGUGCCAUUUCCCUAUCCGAUGCUAAGUCCUCACAAUUAUAUUGUGUGGGCAAUAAAGACAGAGGCGAUCCUUGAUGCCCAGGGAGUCUGGGAGGCGGUGGAGCCAGCGGAAGGAGCCCAGGUGGAUGCAAAGAAUGACAAAAAGGCACGUGCAUACAUCCUGCAGUGUGUCCCCGAAGACAUCCUUCUCCAGAUCGCAACAAAGAAGACGGCGAAGGAAGUCUGGGACAGCCUCAAGACGAGGUAUCUUGGUAGUGAUCGGGUGAAGAAGGCACGUGUACAAAUAUUGAAGAGCGAGUUUGACGCUCUCCGGAUGAAAGAAACCGAAACGAUUGAUGAGUUUGCUGGCAAACUCAGUGCCCUAAGCAGCAAGUUCUCCACCCUUGGUGCCACGCUUGAAGAUUCCUCGUUGGUAAAAAAAUUGCUCGAUUCUGUCCCUGAUAAAUUCUUUUCUAUUGUUGCUAGUAUUGAGCAAUUCUACGACCUUGAGUCUAUACCAUUUGAGGAGGCUAUAGGACGACUGAAGGCGUACGAAGAACGAAUGCUACGACUACGCAGCAACACCAACGACACUGAAGGUGAGCUCCUAUUAACUCAUUCCGAAUGGCAAAUGCGACAGAAGGGGAGCAACGUGGACACUUCGUCAGGAGGAAAGGGGCGUGGGUCCAGCAACCCUAGUCGUGGCAAAUGGCGUGGACGUGGGCGAGGGCGCGGUCGUGGCCGUGGUACGCAACGCCAAGACAGUGCAGGAGGGACUAGCGGCAACAACAGUGGCACUCGAGACAAGAGACAUAUAAAAUGUUUCAAUUGCGAGAAAAUGGGCUAUUAUGCGUCUGAAUGCUACAACAAGCGGCGUGAUGAUGAGGCUCACCUCACUUGUGCCACCGAUGAAGAGCCGGCACUGAUGAUGACCGUGUCCCACGAGGAGUCUGACGCUAGGCGUGAGCGGCAGGAUACCAUUCUACUCAGUGAAGAGAGGUUGCUACCGGAGAUGUACCGCGGCGUUAAGAAAGAAGAUAAGAACGUCUGGUACCUUGACAAUGGUGCCAGCAACCACAUGACUGGCCAUCGUGAGAAAUUUCAAAAGCUGGAUGAAACCAUCACCGGGAGGGUGAGGUUUGAAACUGGGAACGAGGUGCAUAUGGAAGGAGAUGCCAUGAAGAUAAUUGAUAGAAGCGGGAAGCUCUUGAUGCUGGUAAAGCGAACGCAAAAUCGCUUGUACAAGAUAACCUUGAAGACAUUCAAGCAAAUCUGUCUCCUAGCAAGCCUAGAAGAUCCGACCUGGUUAUGGCAUGCAAGGCUUGGACAUGUCAAUUUCCAUGACUUGAAGCUAUUGGGGGAGAAGAAGUUGGCGGUUGAUGUGCCACUAUUGCCUCAGCCGAACAAGCUUUGA